AUGGCGCGGGUGCAACGGCGGGGUUACCUGCCGACAAUACUGACUGUGUCCGGGUACUUUGGACCUCUUCAACAACAAUUACUGGCACAGUUCAAAAAACCAAGGCCUUCAAAGAACCAAGGCCUUAACCUCCCUGGCGGUUACUUGGUAAUGUCAUAUCUACUUUCAUUGGAAAAAAAAAAAAAAAAAANCGUCGGCCGCUACCGCGUCGCCAGGAACUCCCCCGCCAACCUCACCGUCUCCGCCCGCGUGAGCGAUCCCAGCGGGGAGACGCUGCACCACGCGGAGAGCGUGGAGAGGGGCGAGUUCUCCUUCGAGGCGGAGAGCGGCGGUAAGCACACCGCCUGCUUCUGGUCCCCGCGCUUCGAGAUGUCGGCGUCCGUUGCCGUCGAUGUCGACUGGACGGCCGGGAUCCGCGCCAGGGACUGGCCCUCCCUCGCCAAGAAAGGGGAUCUCGAUGCAAUGGAGGCCGAGCUGAAGAAAUUGGAGGAUUCAGUUAAACUGGUACACGACGAGCUGAUGUUUCUGCGCCAGAGGGAGGCCGAGUCGCAGAGACUGAACGAAGGCACGGCCGAGAGAAUGCUUUCGUUCGGUAUGCUGUCGAUCGCCAUCUGCUUGGGUGUUGCAGGUUUGCAAUUGUGGCAUCUGAAGACGUUCUUCGAAAGGAAAAAGAUACUAUGACAAACUUGGGGAAUUCACUCCUUGAGCGCGCGCUUUCCACUAAAAUACGUUGUUGCCGAUUCAAAUGUGUAUCUUGAUUGUUCAAUUUAUUGGAUUUAAAUCGCCCUUUGAAAAUGAUUAAUAUGUCACUCUUUUGAUCUCCGGUUUCUUUGA